AUGCUGGUGGCGGGGUCGCGCAACCAGUCUGAUGGUAUAAUCUAUGCGUGGCCUUGUGGUACCGGUUCGCUUGGUGCUAGAGAGAUCUUCGCGAGUUUAGACUCGAUCAAUGCUAUAGUGGCUGACUCGAUGCGGAUAGAACUACUGUACUUGAGCGGGAUCCUUAACUCUGGGUGCUAUCUGUCAGUUCCAAAGCCCAAUGAUGUUGAAGCAAUGAGCACACUGGCAAUGGAAGUCACGUACUGGGUGGAGAUUCCGAAGCUCAAGCGUACCGCGAUCCCGAUGCCUAGGGAGGCCCAUAUAUACCAGAUUGUCAAUGGAGGUUCUUACCGCCUCCUCUACUAA